CUGAGGACAUGGUGUAGUAAAAGAUGGGAAAAAGCCUAUGAGGUUGAGUGUGGAUGGAGGUUGGAUUUUUUUCUUUUUAGUAGUACUGGAGUUUGAACUCAGGGCCUUGUGCUAGGCACACACUCUACCACUUGAGCCACACCUCCAGUCCUGGAAGUUUUUGCAAUGAGAGAACUGUGACUGUAGUCACAUUGCUAUAUCUGCUCUUCUUUGUCCUCAUUACUUAGAGAUAUGGCUUAUCCAGAUCUCAGUGAGUAGGGAUUGAGGCAGGUAGAGAAGGAAUGCAGAGUGCUUGGGAGAAGCUGGGAUGUGCCCCCUCUAUCCCAGAGUUCCAAUCCAUUCGUCAUUGGUUUACAGGGCUGAGGAUCUGCUGUCCCCCAGUGGGAUGGAAAUGCAUGGGAAACUGUGCUGGUCUUGGACAUACCUCAUAUGGCUAGUGACUGGCCCAGCCUCUAGCCUCAAAGCUGAGAGUGAUCCAGAUCACUUGAGGUACUGUCAACAAAGCACAAUAUGAGCGCAAAUGAAGUGAGAUGGUCUUGGAAGCCAAGUGACAUGGCCAUGAUGAAUGGGAUAUGGUGCCUAGCCUGACCCAGGACCACAUCUCUGCUUCCCAGGGCAAAGGUCGUUGGAGCCAGCAGAAAACACGAUCUCCCAAAUCUCCCACCCCAGCGAAGCCCACAGAACCAUGUACACCCUCUAAAUCCCGAAGUCUUGGCCCAGAGGAGGCCUCGGAGUCACCUACAGCCCGGCAGAUCCCUCCAGAGGCACGGCGGCUAAUAGUGAACAAAAAUGCUGGUGAGACCCUCCUACAGCGAGCAGCUCGUCUAGGCUAUAAGGACGUUGUUCUCUACUGCCUCCAGAAGGACAGCGAGGAUGUGAAUCACCGCGAUAAUGCUGGCUAUACAGCCCUGCAUGAGGCCUGUUCCCGUGGCUGGACCGACAUCCUGAACAUCCUGCUGGAGCAUGGGGCCAAUGUGAACUGCAGUGCACAGGAUGGCACGAGGCCAGUUCAUGAUGCUGUGGUCAAUGACAACCUGGAGACCAUCUGGCUCCUGCUGUCCUAUGGGGCUGAUCCCACACUGGCUACCUACUCGGGUCAGACAGCCAUGAAGCUAGCCAGCAGUGACACCAUGAAGCGCUUUCUCAGAGAUCACCUCUCGGAUCUUCAGGGCCGUGCUGAGGGUGAUCCUGGUGUGUCCUGGGAUUUUUACAGCAGUUCUGUGUUGGAGAAAAAAGAUGGGUUUGCCUGUGACCUCCUGCAUAAUCCUCCUGGGAGCUCUGAGCAAGGAGAAGAUGUGGAAGAGGAUGAUUUCAUGUUCGAACUCUCAGACAAGCCUCUUCUCCCUUGCUACAACCUUCAAGUGUCAGUGUCCCGUGGGCCCUGCAACUGGUUCCUCUUCACUGAUGUUCUGAAGAGGCUGAAGCUUUCCUCAAGGAUCUUUCAGGCCCGGUUCCCGCACUUGGAAAUCACCACCCUGCCAAAGGCUGAGUUCCACCGGCAGGUUGCCUCAAGUCAGCUGCUGACCCCUGCUGAGAGGCCUGGAGGCAUGGAGGACAGGUCUCCCCCAGGCUCCUCUGAGACUGUGGAGCUGGUGCGGUACGAGCCUGAGCUGCUGCGGCUCCUAGGGUCUGAGGUGGAAUUCCAGCCUUGGAACAGUUGACGGGGAAACAGCCCCCUCUCCCAGUUCUUUCUCUUCCCAGGUUCACCCUUCUCCCACCUCCCAUGUCUUCCCCCACCGAGCACCAGACUGCAGAAUGAGGCAAUAAUAUGGACCAACAAGAAGCCGCCUUAUCAAUGCCAGCAUUAGUGACUGGAUUUUUGUUUUGUUUUUUGGUUACAGUUAGUUCUCAUCUCCCUGUCAUCGUCAUUGUUGUUGUGGUUGGUGAUCGGGGUGGAAAGUUGAACUCCGUGUCAGAAGACAAGAGGUCCAAGGGUGGUGGGAGGUGGUGCCAGGGCCCCUUGGACUGGCCUCUUUGUAUAUGACUAAGACCAAAUGUGAGCUGGGUAGCCGUGGCCUGUCCCGAGGAGAAAUGAGAACAGCCCAGAUCUCUGAGCGCCCCCUCCAUCCCUCUGUGCUCUUCUGUCUUCCAUAGUAUUUAUUUUAUUAGUAUUUAAUUUGUAUUGUUUCAUUGGUUUCUGAUAAGUCUGUAUCACUGUGAUGAUUUGAGACAACUUGUUGUAUUGAGGGACUUUCUUCUUUACUUUUUCUUUCUGGAUAAGCUUUGGGGCUGCUCCCUCCAACAGUUAUUCCCAGGUGGUUUUCCCCCGUUGGGGAAGGGUGGGGGACAUCAAGUUGUGGUUAAAGAAGCUGGCUGCUGCUGGCCCAGAGCUAGGGGGCUGGGGGUAAAUUUUGAGGCUUUGGUGCUCCCCUCCCCCUGCCAGGUUUUCUCCUCCCUUCCCUUUUUAACAACCCUGCCAUCUUGAGGUUAGUGUUUACUGAGGAGAGAAUUGUGGGGUGAGGCAUUCCUGAGUUACUCUAGAACAGGAAGAGUUGAGAGUGGGGAUGAGGAUGUCCCCCAUGCUUUCUUCCCUGCUCCCCUCAGGGUGAACAAUAUGGGCUUGCUCUUGCAUUUUUCACCCUGUACCCCCACCCACUCCACCUCAUGUGGCCUCCACCUUGGGAGAUACUGAGCCUCUCACCUCCCAGCCCUCAUGCCCCAUCUCUAUUCCCUCCCAGACUCACAACACCCCUUUCCCUCCCUUUUCCCUCUUUCUCCCCACCUCAGUUCUCCUCUGGAAUCUAUAUAGGGCUCUGGGACUGAUUGCCAGAUGUGAGAUCAGGUGCCAGCUAUUUCCUAGGUGAGGGCAUGACAUCAGUCUCUAGCCUAGGUUCCACUUUCCCUUGGGUACCUAGGGCUGAGUGUAUGGCCCACCAGGCCUCCCUCUGGGCCUCUAGGCCUCUAGUGCUGGAGAGAGGGAGGGAGAGGGAGGAGCUUGGCUUGUUUCUCUGUUCCACCCCCCUCUGUGAUACUGUCUUUCCCACCCUUGUUCUUAUUUUUUCUACCGAUUGCUAUUUUUCCGAACAAUCUUUGUAGAGAAUGUGUACCAUCCAAAGGCAGGAGGGCCUCACUGUGGUUGGCUCUGGUUGGAGAUGGUACAGUUUUAUUGUACAGGUGCUAAACAACAACAAAAGAAGAAAAUGGGGAAAAAAACAAAAAAAAGAAAAAAAAGCCAGUUUGAGGAUGGGACAAUCUGUUCUCUGGAGUUUCCUGACCCAUUCAGGAGCAUUGGUAGUUAUUUUCUUUGUAUUGUGUUUGUUCUUUGUUCCCAGGGGGAGUUUCUGGGCCCCUUUCUGUAGGACAACUUCCCAGCCCCACCAUCCUGCCCAGUUGGUUUCGAACAGUUUUUCUCCCUUUUUAACAAAAAACAAAUUAUAUAUAUAUACAUAUAUAUGUGUAUAUAUAAAGUUGAAGGGUUUGGAUUUCAAUUUUUUAGUUUU